AAACAGAUUUCCAGGCGGGUGGAACAUUAGCGCUUUCCUUAUCCGCUCAGUUGAACUGUACACGGCAAACGCCAAGCCCCGAAAUAAACACUUCAUUAGGAAGCUUUGGCUAGCGUUGUUUAUAACCACAGUUAGGUUUGAGUUAUAAUGAUAGCUCCUAGCUAAUUGUUACGUUUAAAUGUUAACGAUAUUUAAAGCCAUACAUUGAGACGUCGGUAUUAGAGCUGUUCCAGGUGAGUCGCGAUAUGUCCGAGUCCGGUCACAGUCAACCCGGCAUGUAUGGGCAAGGCCGCAGGAGGAGGCGACGCCGAGGGGACAGAGAUGUUGGCCCUCCGGGACAAAACCUGUCCGGACCCAGUCGAGAUCGGGAUUACCAACCGAGGGAGCGAAGGGAUGGAAGCGAGGAUCCACCAGGUCCUCUCAUUCAGAAGACCCCCAUCAUUCUUGCAAAACCUCCCGGGGAAAGGGCUAAGCCCUCACAGAAUGCACCUGUCAGUGGAGCACCAGUCCUGGAGAAGCCCAUCAUGCUAAUGAAGGCCAGGGACGAUGGAGGGAAGCCAGGGACACCUACUGAGUCGGCUGCUCAGUCCUCUGGUCCACCCUCUAAGAUAGAGAGGGAAGGGCAGCGACCUACCCAGCCUGUAUACCAGAUCCAAAACAGAGGAAUGAGUGCUUCUGCAUCGAGCGGUGCAUUGGACCCCAUGGUCGGGCAGUCCAAACUCCUUCCUCCAGAGAAAAUGAAGCACAGCAUUAAACUGGUGGAUGAUCAGAUGAAUUGGUGUGACAGUGCCAUGGAGUAUUUGAGGGACCAGACAGACAUGUUGGUGGUGGGAGUUAUUGGCUUGCAGGGAACUGGGAAAUCCACCAUCAUGUCGCUGUUAUCUGCCAACACUCCUGAGGAAGAUCAAAGGAGUUUUGUAUUCAGACCACAGACUCAAGAAAUCAAGGAAAGAGGCGGAAAUCAGAGCACAGGGAUUGAUUUCUUCAUCACACAGGAGAGAGUUAUCUUCUUGGAUACGCAGCCAAUGCUAAGCCCAUCAAUUCUGGAUCAUCUUAUCAACAAUGAUCGGAAGUUACCUCCAGAAUACAAUCUUCCUCAUACAUAUGUUGAGAUGCAGUCUCUUCAGAUCGCUGCCUUCCUGUUUACAGUGUGCCAUGUUGUAAUUGUGGUUCAAGACUGGUUCACUGAUUUGAACCUUUACAGGUUUCUUCAGACUGCUGAGAUGCUGAAACCUUCCACACCGUCUGCAAGCCACGACAGCACUGGCUCUUCAGGCAGUGAUGAUGGAGCAGAGUAUUAUCCACAUAUAGUUUUCCUCCAGAACAAAGCCAGACGGGAUGAUUUCUGCCCAAGAAAUCUGAAGAACAUGCAUAUGGUGGUCGACAAAUUAAUGGCUCAUUCUCACCUCAAAUACAAAGGAACAUUAUCCAUGCUCGACUGCAAUAUCUUCCCAGGCCUGGGGCAGGACUAUCUGACAACCGAGGUCAAUAUGUUCUUGCUUCCUGUGCAGGAAAACGACGGGGAGGAUAAUUUGACCAAAGCAGGGUCAGGAACAUACCCACUGUUCUCUCUGCUCCCCGGCUACAGAGGACACCCGGCCUUCUCCACCAUGGUUUCAAAGCUCCGCAGCCAAAUACUGGCCAUGCCCCGCUGUCAGCUGUCACACACUAUUCUCACUGAGAAAAACUGGUUUCACUAUGCAGCUCGUAUCUGGGAUGGUGUGAAAAAGUCCUCGGCCCUCUCUGAAUACAGUCGUCUGCUCUGCUGACACGUGUUGAACUGCUCUUAUGUACAGUUUUAUUUCACUGAUCAGAUCACACAAAGACAAAAGAAGUGCAGCUGAAUGAGAUGUUUAAAAUAAGAGUCAGUACGAACAUCACUGGAGCAUAAAAUAAAUAUAAUUACUCAGACUUUGAGUCCUGAUUGUUAAAUAGUGUCCUGGGACUGUCCUCAGGAAUUUUGAUAUUUACAGAUAAACUUACAGCCUGUGCAGAGGUGGUGAGCAGGAAAAGAAAGUGUCUUCUCUCAGCAGAUCUGUAAUAAAAAUGCGAGAAUAGUUUUUAAAUUCAAGUCAUUCUUGACUAUGUUUCAGUUUUGAUGCACUGAUAGUUGAAAAUACAGAUUUCUGUCUUUUUAUUACCUUUUUGAAAAGAUAAGGGGAAAUAUGCAAGUGAAUAAUACACCACUGAAAACUGGUGUGUCUGGUUUUUAUUGAUAUGUGCUGUAAGGUAGAAUGUAUGUGGCAAUAAUGGUUAAAUCAGUUUGUGUGGUGGUCGGUAACUUUCAUUUCUCAUGAAUCACAGUCAGUUUUGUUUUUCAUUCAGUGCAAGAAAUGAAGCUGUCUUCAAGGACUACCACACAGAGUGAUUACAUGGUUAAAGCAUACUCUACUGACAUUUAAAACAGUCACUGGUCAUCAAAGAAAAAAAAACAAUUUACGUCUGUUCUUAAAGAAAAUGAUUUGCAGCCUAAAUUAUUUCAGCAAUAGAAUUAAACAACUUUACAGAAUAUUCCAUUAAAUAUAUGAUACAAAAAUCCAUAAAGCAAUUUAAUAACAUUAAAAUUUCAAACAAAUACACAAAAUUAAAACUAAAACAACAUGUUUUCAAACUAGUUUUAAUAGAAUCCCAUCAGGACUAAAAGAAAAACGCAGGAGAGAUGUUAUUCUAAUUUAACAGUGAAGAUUUCUAACUAAUACCAAUUUAAUUAUUUAGACUCAAAAACAGUGAGUUAUAGGUUCUUUGAUGUCUUUGCCCAGUUGGUUAUUUAACUUUGCAAACAAAAGAAGAAAAGCUACAUGGAACACAGAGGUCAUAUUACAACCUUUAAGAAGCAAAAUACGGAUGUGUUAUAAUGUUCACAUGAAUAAAUCUGCAGAUUGCAAUUUUGUAGUAGAUUAAUGAUGUUGGUACAGUAUAUUUGCACAACAGUUUUGUACCUGGAUUUUAAGUCAUUAAAAGCUAGUCAAUCCUUCAAGGUAACCAAACCAUAUUCAAAGUAUGAAAAGUUUUAUUGUUGGACUAGCCUUCUCUUUGAAAUAAAGACUGAUGGAACUAUGCUUCCGUAUUACCGGCUUUAAUGAGAUAUCAGAAGCAUCUCUAAAAAGAAAUCUAAAAAUCUCAUUGAGGUCAAUAUGUUCUUGCUUCCUGUGCAGGAAAAUGAUGGGGAGGAUAAUUUGACCAAAGCAGGUUACAAAAAUCUUUUCUUCUGAUAAGGUAAAACUUCUGAGGCCUGUUGUGUGACAAGUAAAUAAAUCUUUGCAUGUUGUUUAGGGUCAGGAACAUACCCACUGUUUUCUCUAUUCCCCGGCUAUAGAGGACACCCGGCCUUCUCCACCAUGGUUUCAAAACUCCGCAGCCAAAUACUGGCCAUGCCCCGCUGUCAGCUGUCACACACUAUUCUCACUGAGAAAAACUAGUAAACAUCGUAUCGGUACUACUUAUAUAUAAAUGAAUAAUUAUUUUAUUCAUAUUCCAGUAUUUAAAAAGUGUAGGUGACUAAUCAGUGACAAAAAGGAAGACAACCAAGUAUAAAUGAGGAAAUGCAUCCUGCACAUUUUAAACUGGUUUGCUUAACAAAGCCAUAAUAAAUGUCGUUAUUCAUUGAGCUCCCACAGCUUCCCUGUGGAAAAAAUGCAAAAUAUCUAUUAUUUUGUCACUCUCUGCUUCCCUUUACUUUCAGUGACCACAACCUGCUGUUUUUUUUACAACAGAAAAUGAGUGCUGGUGGUUUGUAGUGAAAUAGUUUUCUAAGGCAUGGUGCAACCUGCUGCAUGUACCUACAAGCACAACACAUUCAGAGUGGUGAAAAAUAUUUUUUGCUGUGGGAUAUCAGGUUAAUAUUCAUCUCAACAUAGUUACAACACAGUUUUAUUUCACUGAUCAGAUCACACAAAGACGAAAGAAGUGCAGCUGAAUGAGAUGUUUGAAAUAAGAGUCAGUAUGAACAUCACUGGAGCAUAAAAUAAAUAUAAUUAUUCAGACUUUGAGUCCUGCUUGUUAAAUAGUGUCCUGGGACUUUCCUCAGGAAUUUUGAUAGUUACAGGUUAAGUUACAGCCUGUGCAGAGGUGGUGAGCGGGAAAAGAAAGUGUCUUCUCUCAGUACAUCUGUAAUAAAAAUGCGAGAAUAGUUUUUAAAUUCAAGUCAUUCUUGACUGUGUUUCAGUUUUGAUGCACUGAUAGUUGAAAAUACAGAUUUCUGUCUUUUUAUUACCUUUUUGAAAAGAUAAGGGGAAAUAUGCAAGUGAAUAAUACACCACUGAAAACUG